UAAUUCUUAAUCGACCCCCUCACCCCAACGCCCCACCUCCUUUUACCCGAUGCCACCCCUCCUUUUUAUUCUCUCACUCGAUUCCUCUCAACUUCCCCAAAUAUCCUCUACUCUCUCCCCUCUCUAUCCAAUGUCCUCCAUUAUCAAGGUAAAUUUUUUUCAUAUAUCUUCCUCCUAUUUUAUUUUUAUUAUGUCAACCUUUAUCCGCUAAACCUAGGCAACCUGCUUUUUAUUUUGGUUUUUAGUUAGUUCUUUUAUUUCUUUUCUAAUUUGUUUGUGUAGACAUUGUGCUCUCUUGGUAGGCUGUUGCUUAGUAUUUUUGUUUCACUUGUUGAGUUGACAAUAUUGAUAUGUAUUACUUGAAAUUAUAUUGAGAUUGGUGGAGAUCACCUUACUUUAUGGUUGAACAUUGUGAUUACAACCUAAUACAUGCUAGGUAUUCGAUUAAACGCUUGAAUGAAAUAAAGUUGUGAUUUUGAACAUAGUUUUUGGUAGUACUUGUUUGAUUAUGAGAUGGAUGAUGAAUCUUUUAAGUGUGGGGUGGUUGUUCAUGUUUGACAAUUGCGAUUUUGGACAUGUUGUCCCCGAGUUCCAACUGACCUCCACCUUGUGCAAGUGAUGCUCUUUGUUUCUUUAUUACCUCUAAAUUUGUCAGGUCCUGCGUAAUGCUCAAUAUAACUUCUUUAUUUUGAUUUUAUAGUCUAAAUUAGUGUAGUUUAUUGCCGAGUUGUGGUAGCUUUUGUGAUGUCUUGGUAUGCCGAUUUGCUUGGCGUGGCGGUGAAUAGCUAGUCUUAUUUUGAUAUGAGAUAGUUUGAAUCCCCACAAAAUUGUUGCUUGUGAAUGCGCCAACAAAUAAGUGUGCGGUAGUCUAAGUUCUCGUUAGUGCUUAUAUUCUAUGUGUCAUUGUUGAUGAUGUUUAUCUUGUGUAAGUACAAUGUCUUGUCGUGCUAAAUGUAAUAACACUAGCACUUCUAAAGUUGCUUUAAGUAACCACGAGAGAGGUAGAUGGGCCGCACCCGUUGAGCAUCAACCUAUUGAGAAAAUUGCAACGAAAGAAAAUGACUACGUGCCAUGCAUGUUUGUUAUUUGGUUAGUGAAUCCGUAUGUGAGGUAUUGGUUUCAGCUCAACAAGGAUAUGAUAGAGCCCACCCCUGAGCAAGGCAUUGAUGAGAAGAAGUUGGAGCGGAAGUACCCAACCUUGCAUGACAAUAUCCAGCACAUGUGGAUGCAAAAUUUAUUUCAGAUAAUGGGCCCAUUGAAUAUAAGCAUAGUUAAGGAAUUUUAUACCAACUGGGAGCCGGGGUUUGAGCUAGAUGGAGAGUAUGUCAUCCCAAUUUGGGGACCAAGAUAGGUUCCAUUCUACUUUGUAGCAUAGCUACAUGUCUCUGCCUGCCAAGAUGAUAUUGAGGUUGAUCAAUGUCUGGAUUUUUUCCACAUCUUAUGACACCAUGUGACAUGCAUUCAGAUGUGUUUGGUAUCUGCAUUCAUGACCAAGAUGAAGAUCAGUAUGGGGAAGAUAAUGCUUACCGAUAUGGCCAAGGUCUAGAACGAGGGCGCGGAGAGGCUUUUCUUUCCAAGCAUGCUAGAUAAGUUUCUGACAGGCAAUGGUGCACCUGAGGAUCCCUUUCAUGAUAGGGAGUUGGAUGGGACUACGAGGUUAUGUGAUACCACAACCAUGGAUGAUACUGUGGGUCCACAGAGUUCUCUAAUCACCAUGUAGCAAAGGAUGACUCGUAUGGAAGAGCCUAUCCAGUUCAGGUUUGUCGAUAUGUGGCCUCAUGAGCAGGAUGAGGAGAUGGAUAUUGCAGAGUUAGAACUGCAGUCUCCUCUUUCUACUAUACUCGGCAGUUUCUACGACUGGAGUAAGGUGGUAUAUUGCCAUAUGAUGAGGAUGUCAACUCUAUGGCAUCAGAUGAUGAGCUUUCUAGCACUUCUAAUGGUGCCAAUGACUAGGCCCGGGGCCUCGGAGAGUCACUUUUACACUCUUGUUCUUUUUACUUUGGAUUGAGGACAAUGCUUUUUCUUAGGUUUGGGGUGGGUAACUCCUAAUGGUUUGUUAUUACUUUGUUUUUGUUUGUCACAUACCUUUGUUUUGACUUGUUUCUUUCUUUAUUAGAUUAUAUGGCCUUUAAUGAUAACUCUAAA